AUGAUUCCUUCUCUGGGAGGGCUUGACCUCGCAGAAUGCUCACUCCAGAGCGCAAACCAGUCGCUCUCACACCUCAACCUCGCAAACCUCGAGGAGCUUGACCUCUCCUUCAAUGACUUUGGCCAACCAAUUGCAUCUUGUUGGUUCUGCGACUGCGAGCGGCGGGGUUUGCGCCGAACCGAGCCGUCUAGUCAAGUGGACCACAUCCCCUUGUUUGGUUGA